CUCCAUGAGGAAGCAGGAGGUGCGGACGGGUGGGGAGGCAGGCCAGGGCCGAGGCCCCAGCUCCCCGGCAGGGCAGGUGAAAGCCCUCGUGGACCUCCUGGCCGGGAAGAGCAGUCAGGGCUCCCAGGCCCCACAGACCACAGACAGGACGCCACACAGCCCCUUUGGCCUCUGUCCCACAGACUCAAGGAUACAGAAGUGCCAGGAGGCUCUGCUGAACAGGGCAAAGGGCAGCCCGGAGCUGAGCGGCCCCUCGCCCAGGCUGACCAAUCUCCUGCUGGUGGAGGGGCUCACAGACCUGCAGCUGAAGGAACAUGACUUCACGCAGGUGGAGACCACACGUGGGGGCUGGCACCCGGCCAAGACCAUCGCCCUGGACAGACUCUUCCUGCCUCUGUCUCGGGUGUCUAUCCCACCCCGAAUCUCCAUCACCAUCGGGGUAGCUGGCGUGGGCAAGACCACCCUGGUGAGGAAUUUUGUCCACCUCUGGGCCCGGGGACAGGUCGGCAAGGACUUCUCCCUGGUGCUACCUUUGACCUUCCGAGAUCUCAACACCCACGAGAAGCUGUCUGCAGACAGACUCAUCCACUCUGUCUUCCCGCACGUUGGGGAGUCUGGCCUGGUGGCAGCAGCCCUACCCAAUAUCCUCCUGAUCCUGGACGGCCUGGAUGAAUGUAAGACGCCUCUGGACUUCUCCAACACUGUGGCGUGCACAGACCCCAAGAAGGAGAUCCAGGUGGACCAUCUGAUCACCAACAUCAUCCGAGGCAACCUCUUCCCGGAAGUUUCUGUCUGGGUCACUUCCCGCCCUGGCGUGGCUGGCCAGAUCCCGGGGGGCCUGGUGGACCGGAUGACAGAGAUCCGGGGCUUUACCGAGGAAGAGAUCAAGGUGUGUCUGGAGGAGAUGUUCCCCGAGGACCACGCCCUCUCAGACUGGGUCCUGAGGCGGGUGCAGGCAGACAGGGCCCUGUACCUGAUGUGCACGGUCCCGGCCUUCUGCCGGCUCGCAGGGUCGGCACUGGGUCACUUGAACCGCAGCAAGCUGGGGCCCCAGGACGCAGAGCCGUGGACUCCAAGGACCCUGUGCGAGCUCUACUCUUGGUACUUCAGGAUGGCUCUCGGUGGGGACGGGCAGGAGAAGGGCAAGGCGAGCCCUCGCAUCGAGCAGGUGGCCCACAGCAGCCGCAAGAUGGUGGGAACUCUGGGUCGGCUGGCCUUCCAUGGGCUGGUCAGGAGGAAGUACGUGUUCUACGAGCAGGACCUGAAGGCGUUUGGCGUGGAUCUCGCCCUGCUGCAGAGCGCCCUGUGCGGCUGCUUCCUGCGGCGGGAAGAGACCCUGGCCUCCUCGACAGCCUACUGCUUCACCCACCUGUCCCUGCAGGAGUUCGUGGCGGCCGCGUACUAUUACAGUGCGUCCAAGAGGGCCAUCUUUGACCUCUUCACCGAGGGCGGCGUGUCCUGGCCCCGCCUCGGCUUCCUCACCCAUUUCCGGAGUGCGGCCCAGCGGGCCAUGCAGGCCGAGGACGGGCGGCUGGAUGUGUUCUUGCGCUUCCUCUCAGGACUUCUGUCUCCGAAGGUCAACGCCCUGCUGGCGGGCUCCCUGCUGGCCCAGGGGGAGCACCAGGGCUACCGGGCCCAGGUGGCGGAGCUCCUGCAGGGCUGCCUACGCCCCAACGUGGCCGUCUGUGCCCGGGCGGUCAACAUCCUGCACUGCCUGCACGAGCUGCAGCACACGGAGCUGGCCCGCAGCGUGCAGGAGGCCAUGGAGAGCGGGGGCCUGGCAGCGCUGACCGGCCCCCAGCACCGCGCCGCCCUGGCCUAUCUCCUGCAGGUGUCGGAUGCCUGCACCCGGGAGGCCAACCUGUCACUGCGCCUCAGCAAGGGCGUCCUCCAGAGCCUGCUGCCCCAGCUGCUGUACUGCCGGAGCCUGAGGCUGGACAACAACCAGUUCCAGGACCCCGUGAUGGAACUGCUGGGCAGCGUGCUGAGUGGGAAGGACUGUCGCAUUCAGAGGAUCAGCUUGGCUGAGAACCAGAUCAGUAACAAAGGGGCCAAAGCUCUGGCCAGAUCCCUCCUGGUCAACAGAAGUCUGACUGCUUUGGACCUCCGCAGUAACUCCAUUGGACCUCAAGGGGCGAAGGCUUUGGCAGAUGCUCUGAAGAUUAACCGCACUCUGGCUUUUCUGAGCCUCCAGAGCAACUCGAUCAGGGAUAAUGGUGCCAGGUCUGUGGCUGAGGCCUUGGCUGCCAACCGGACCCUCUCUGUGCUGCAGUAA